CCGGAUGUGAGCGGCUCUGGAGUUCAUGUCCCGGCCGCGGUGACGGAAAUGGUGGAUGGAGCGAGCGAGCGGCCGCACGUUGGGAAGCACGGCCAGGCGAAGGGCUCAGCUUUAGCGCGCGGUGGGGUCGACGUCCGCAGCAGUUCGGGGUGGCGUGUGGGGGGGGGGGAGAAGUGCAGCGCUCGGUCCAUGGCGUCCCAGCAGCACGGCACCGAGGUGUACUGCGACGUGAGCGGAGACUGCAACCAUGUCGCCGUUAAAAUCAACAGCAAAGCGGCGCCUCAACAGCAUUCAGGGCCCGGCUCCAACAAGCACUGCAAAUACAGCAUCUCGUCCAGCUGCAGUUCGGGGGAAUCGGUCAAGCGAGCAGCCCGCAGUCACCGCAGGAAAGCACCGCAGCUUUUCGAGAGGGCGUCGGGCCAGUGGUGGAACCCCACCUUUGACUCGCGCAACCUGGAAGACGCGUGUCUGGAGCGCUGUUUCCCGCAGACCCAGCGCCGCUUCAGGUACGCGCUCUGCUACCUCAUGGUGGCCUGCCUGUUGUGGGCCGCCUACUUUGGAGCCAGCGUGCGACGUCACCUGGCUGCUUUCUUGGCGCCCACGCUGGUCUUCCUGACCUGUUGCGCCGGGCUCUUCGCGGUCACCUUCAGCCGCUUGUAUGCCAAGCACUAUGGCAAGGUGUCGCUUUUCUUCACGCUGCUCGUCUUCGCCUUGUCUCUCGCCACUCGUUUCCAAGUGAAUCUGACACCAGGCGGCUCGAACGGGACGGCAGACGCCCGCUCCUGUCAGGGUGUUGGGCCCGUUGCCAUGGGCACGAGCGACACUUACCUGUCGCCGGUGGGGAGUUUCUCCAUUUGCGUGGAGGUACUGCUCCUGCUCUACACCGUCAUGCCCUUACCCCUCUACCUGUGCUUCCUCUUUGGCGUCUCCUACUCUCUACUCUUUGAGAUAUUUGGCUACCAUUUCAGUGGCCCGGAUUGUUUCCUAUCACCCCAUACCAGGCACCUUUUGUUGGAGGUGUUGGGCAAGAUCUUCCUUCAUGCCUGCAUCCACGCCAUCGGCAUCCACCUUUUCAUUAUGUCACAAGUGCGUUCCAGGAGCACCUUCCUCAAAGUGGGUCAAUCCAUCAUGCACGGCAAAGAUCUGGAAGUGGAGAAAGCCCUAAAGGAACGGAUGAUCCACUCAGUUAUGCCCAGAAUGGUGGCCGAUGAACUCAUGAAACAAGGCGAUGAUGAGAGUGAGAACUCAAUCAAACGCAACUCAACGUCCAGUCCCAAGAAUAAAAAGAAGAAAACUUCCAUUCAGAAAGCUCACAUCAUCUUCAGACCCUUCACCAUGCAGAAGAUGUCUCCUGUUAGCAUCCUAUUCGCGGACAUCGUAGGUUUCACCAAAAUGAGUGCUAACAAGUCUGCACACCUCCUGGUGGGACUCCUCAAUGACUUGUUUGGACGCUUCGACCGACUUUGUGAGAACACGGGCUGUGAGAAGAUAAGUACUUUGGGCGAUUGCUAUUACUGUGUGGCUGGCUGCCCAGUACCCAGGUCUGAUCAUGCUUAUUGUUGCAUAGAGAUGGGGUUAGGAAUGAUCCAGGCUAUUGAGCAGUUCUGUCAGGAGAAGAAAGAAAUGGUCAAUAUGAGAGUUGGGGUCCACACUGGUACUGUCCUUUGCGGUAUUUUGGGAAUGAAACGUUUUAAAUUUGAUGUGUGGUCCAAUGAUGUUAACCUGGCCAAUUUGAUGGAACAGCUUGGGGUAGCUGGAAAAGUUCACAUUUCUGAGGUUACAGCUACGUACUUGGAUGGACGUUACUUGAAGGAGGAUGGUAAAGUGAUGGAGAGAGUUGGCACGCAAAGUGUUGUUGCUGAUCAACUGAAAGGACUGCAGACAUUCCUUAUUUCUGGUAGGAAGAUUGGUCAUUCGCUAUGUACCUGUUCUCAAACUAUGUUGCCUCACCUGGAAGCAGGGGACUCUUCAAUUCCUGGUGCAAUCCCCAAAGAGCAGGGAGAUACCAAAAGUGACAAUUCUGAAGUGGCACAACCAAGUGAUCUGCCUGCGAAAGCAAAGCUACCAUGUCCAUCCUGCACCAUAGUUCUUACCCCUGGAUGUGCUGUCAGUACAGAGGAGGGUGCUGUGCCAAAUGGCUGUCAGGAUGAACACAAAAGCACCAAGUUUCAACUGGGAGGACAAUGUCUGAAAGCCUUGAAUGGGCUUCUGAGGCCACCUGAGGAAGAAAAGCUGAACAACAGCCAGACAUCAUUGUUUGAGAUGCUGCAGAGCGAGAGACAACUAGAUGGACUGCUUCCCAUUCGCUCUAAGCAGAUAAGAGAGAAAACUGAUGCUCAGUUUGUCAGUGUCAUAAAGGAAGACAGCCAAAUGAAUGAAUACUUCUCUAAACCGCCCAUUAAUAAGAUCAGCCUAAAUUUCUUAGAUUCAAGCUUGGAGAAGGCAUACAGAGGCAGCUAUCAAGAUGAGGUUGUGAACAAUGCCUCAGAGAAGACGUUUGCCAGUGCCACAUUCAGUUCACUCCUUGAUGUCUUUCUCUCCACCAUAGUGUUCCUCUUUCUCUCCAUCACGUGUUUCAUGAAGCAGGGCUUGUCUACAUGUCCACCUUCCCAUGCCUCUGUUGUGGUUUUUGUCCUUGCGAUCCUGCUUCAAGUACUUUCCUUGGUCAUCUCCAUCAGAAUGGCCUUUUACUUGGAUGAGGUGAUGCCGUGCACCAAAAGACUGCUGAGGGCAAUCUCAGGCUGGCUACCUCGUCACUUCAUUGGAGCCAUUCUUGUUUCUCUCCCUGCUGUAGCUGUGUUUUCCCAUUUCACUUGUGAAUUUGAAACCAAUGUAAAUAUGACCAUGUUCUUCUGUUGCGCAUUGAUCAUCACUUUCAUUCACUACUGCAACUUCUGCCAGUUAAGUUCCUGGAUGAGAUCGUCUUUGGCUACUAUAGUGGGAGUGCUGCUCCUCAUCCUACUGUAUGUCACACUGUGCUCUUCCAAGGUAGACAUUACAAAAGUUGGAUAUGUGCAACAAUAUGGAGAUGAUCUAUGCAACAGUUCGUUGUCAAGUUGGAGCUCAAAGAAGCCUGUUGAGGUGAUUGGAAAGGAAGUGAUUCUGGACAUUGCCCUGCUGCUUUUGCUGGUCUGGUUCUUGAACCGAGAGUUUGAGGUCAGUUACCGUCUCAAUUACCAUGGUAAUGUGGAGGCAGAUCUACAUCGGCACAAAAUACAAAGCAUGAAGGAUCAAGCAGACUGGCUCCUUCACAACAUCAUUCCAGCUCACGUGGCUGAUCAGCUCAAGGUAACCCCUCAUUAUUCCAAAAAUCAUGAAGAUGUUGGUGUCAUUUUUGCCAGCAUUGUCAACUUCAGCGAAUUCUAUGAAGAGAACUAUGAAGGAGGGAAGGAAUGCUACAGAGUGUUGAAUGAACUUAUUGGAGAUUUUGAUGAGUUGUUGAGCAAACCUCAAUAUAACAGCAAUAUUGAAAAGAUUAAAACCAUUGGAGCUACCUACAUGGCAGCUUCUGGAUUAAACCCUUCCCAACGACGUGACAGCAACCAUCCACACAGUCACUUGCAGACACUCUUUGAGUUUGCCAAAGAAAUGAUGCGAGUUGUCGAUGAAUUUAACAAGGACAUGCUCUGGUUUAAUUUUAAGCUGAGGAUUGGUUUCAACCAUGGACCUCUCACUGCUGGAGUUAUUGGGACGACAAAACUACUGUACGACAUAUGGGGAGAUACUGUCAACAUUGCUAGUAGGAUGGACACUACAGGAGUAGAAUGUCGGAUCCAGGUCAGUGAGGAGAGCUACCGCAUAUUAAGUGAAAUGGGCUAUGAUUUUGAUUAUCGAGGGACAGUGAAUGUGAAAGGCAAAGGACAGAUGAAGACCUACUUGUAUCCAAAAAGCACAAACAGCGGAAUUAUCCCAUCACACCAGCACACUGUGUCCCCGGACAUCCGAGUGCAAGUGGAUGGAAGCAUUGGCCGCUCGCCUACUGAUGAGCUUGGAAAUCUUGUGCCUUCUCUGCUCAUCUCAGACAAAACUUCUCACAGCUCAGGUAACACUGAGGCUAAAGACUUGCUUUACACACACCGGAAGGUAAAGAAAGAGCAGGUCAAAGAAGCAGGUAGUAAAGUGGACCGUUAUGUGGGCGAAGAGGAUGGCAGUCGAACACAAGAAAUAGACGAACUGACAAAACUACAAAUAUCUAGCCGCCUAUGAUGCAGCUUUGAUACUACAAACCGGCUUUCGCCGGUAGAAACCAGUUCACGUUGGUAGUGUCUGAUGUGUGUGACAUUAUUAUUCCCUGUUUUAAUAUUUUCAUUUUAUCUCCUGUUUUCUGUGUGGAUCACAGUAACCUAGGAGCCAGCUCCAUUGCAAAUGUCUGCGCUGUUUGGGAAUAUUAAGUGCCUUUGGAAAAAAGCUGGGGUUUAUACUCCAAACGGAUGGAGGCUACGGAAUGCAUGAUUUAAUUUACAACCCUGGAUAAAGCUGUGGUUGUAACCUUUACCCAGUCUUUUUCUCGUUAAUGCAAUUUUUCUUUUAUAUUUUUUUGUACAUGCAAUUAUUGUAAUG